GAAUUUAUCUGAAAUUAUUUUUAUAGAAAUUUUUUAAACAUGUGCGAGUCAUCCAUAUCGGACCCAAUGUCUUUUUUAUAUUUGGACAUGCUAUCCACCAUUUUAAUAAAUGAUACAAAGGAAUUCGAAAAGCUCUUUGAUACCAAAGUAAACUUCAUACGUGAGCAAGAACAUAACUGUCAGGAAAAUGCAAAACAACUUGCUUUUGUAGAUCAGUUUGUGGACACCUUAAAAAAUUGUGUAUUUCAAACGGAACUGGAAUUGCAGGAAAACGAAUUCGAAUUGCUCGAGGCGGAGAAAAUUAUUUCGCACUACGAAUCAUCAUAUGUAGACGCUUCGACAUCUUUAACAUUCACUAAUAUUCAAUUCAAGUACAGCAACUAUCUGGUUCUUUUAAAGUUACUUCUGUCAGCGGAUCGUUCAGCUGCACAGUGCAACAAGCUUAAGGACGAUAUCGAACAGUAUAACAUCGAGGCCUACAAGUAUUUAGAGCCCAUUAAGUUGAUCACCAAGAUCAUGGACUAUCAUAAAAAUACACUGGACAUGAUGGAGAAUCAGAUAAAUAAGCUGGAAUGCAUGACAAAAGAGGUAGCUAGCAAUUAUGAUGAAUUAAACAAAAGACUAAAAAUUAGCAGCCUGACAACCAAGUGCACAUGUGAAAUGGCCAAUGUAAUUAAUGAUAUAUACCAGAACUAGGCCUUAUUAUAGCAUUAUUUCUGUAUGAAUUUAC